UGUCAAACUUACCGUGUUCUGUUUGACGUUUUUGCAGCAAGCAAGCGAACGCGCUUAUAUUGCUUGUUGUGAAAUUUUGAUAUAUAUACUUAUACGUACGUAUUUGUUACUGUAAAGAUAUGACAUAUUAGUUUUAAUAGAAGCUGAAUACAACUUGUAAAAUGGACGGACCGCCCGGCACGGGAAACACUAAUAAAGGUGGAUCGAUGGGUCCGCCAAACAUACCAAACUUUCCUCCAAUGCCGCCACCGCCGGGUGCAAUAGGCAAUAGUAGCAUGCCCCCACCACCUGUCGGCCCACCUGGCAGUAUACCACCAGUGACUUCUUCAGGUCCACCUAUGCCUCCACCCGGAAUAGGGCCACCACCCGGUAUGAUUGGUAUGGGUCCUCCACCACCAGGGAUGGGGCCUCCACCAGGCAUGGGACCUCCACCACCAGGUAUGGGUCCGCCACCUGGUAUGGGUCCACCGCCACCAGGCAUGGGACCGCCGCCAAAUAUGGGUCCACCGCCACCUGGCAUGGGGCCGCCUCCUGGAAUGGGACCCAUGGGACCACCAGGUAUGGGAGCACCGCCAAGGAUGCCACCUAGCAUGAUGAGAGGUGGACCUAAUAUGAAGGGAAAUUUUAAUCAAGGAAUGGAUAUGGGGCCACCAGGUAUGGGACCACCACCAAACAUGCCACCACCAGGUAUGGGUCAUGGCCCAUGGGAAGGGCAGGGGCCACCUCCAGGAUGGGGCAGGCAGGGGAGGGGUGAUGGAGGUUCAGGAUGGGAUGAUCAUGAUGAUCAAGAAGAAGAAGAAGAUGAUAAUGAAGACAGUGGAGCUCAAAACAGUGGACCUUUACCAUCUUUACUUACUAUGAAGAUUGAUACACCAGAGGAAUUCAGAAAUAAACCCGCUCCAGUAGGAGGGGUAGUUUUGCCAAAGGCUUUGGAAGAAGCCUUGGCUUAUAAAGAUCAGAGACAAGCUGCAUUAGGAAAUGAAACUGAUAAGGAACCUGAACAAAAACAACCCAAAGCGCCACCUGCACCUGUGAUCAGCACAGAGUAUGAUGCUGAAGAGGAUGAAGGAGAUUCUGAUGAUGAGAAUAUCCCCGAAGCACCUCAACCGCCAGUCAUAUCUAAACAAGAGGCGCAACCAAACAAAGUCAACAAGAAUAAGCGUAAAAAGAAGAAGAAGAAGGCCGCAAAACAAAAACGCAAAGAGGAGAAAUUGAAGGAAGCUCAGAAAAGUUCCGACAAAGACGAGUCUCAAACAUCCAGUGACAAAGAGAACAAGAAAGAGGCGGAAAUUGAAUAUGUGCAAGAGAGUAUUCAAUUCCAUGAACUGGAGCCAAUGUAUCGGCAAUUCCAUCGUAUUCUAGAAGCUUUCAAGAUCACAGAGAAAAAGGAGGAAGAUAUUAAAGAGGAGAUCAAUAAGGAUCUGCCGAAACCGAGCAAGCUGCUUGAGAAAGUCACCGAUCAAUUUGCAGCGGACGAAGAGGCUGUGGAGAAACACGCCGCGGAAGAAAAGGAGCGUCUAUCAAAGCGCAAACUGAAGAAGCUCUCUCGUCUAUCAGUGGCCGAGUUAAAGCAGCUGGUACCCAGACCAGAUGUCGUCGAGAUGUAUGACGUCACCGCGAGAGACCCCAAGUUGCUUGUGCAGCUCAAAGCCCACAGGAACACUGUUCAAGUACCGAGACAUUGGUGCUAUAAACGGAAGUAUUUACAAGGCAAGCGUGGUAUAGAAAAGCCGCCGUUCGACUUGCCGGACUUCAUCAAAAAGACCGGUAUCAUGGAGAUGCGCGCUUCCCUCCAAGACAAGGAGGAGACUAAGACGCUCAAGGCCAAGAUGCGCGAGCGCACGAGACCGAAGCUCGGCAAGAUCGACAUUGAUUAUCAGAAGCUUCACGAUGCUUUCUUCAAAUGGCAAACAAAACCACGUAUGACGAUCCACGGAGACCUGUACUAUGAGGGUAAGGAGUUCGAGACCCGGCUGAGAGAGAAAAAGCCAGGUGAUCUCUCCGAAGAGCUACGCACUGCCCUCGGUAUGCCUGUCGGACCUGGCUCCCAUAAGGUGCCCCCACCGUGGCUGAUAGCCCAGCAACGUUACGGCCCCCCGCCCUCAUACCCCAACCUCAAGAUACCAGGUCUCAACGCGCCCAUACCGGAGGGCUGUGCGUUCGGGUACCACGCGGGGGGCUGGGGCAAACCCCCCGUCGACGAGACCGGGAAGCCCCUGUAUGGGGACGUGUUUGGCCACCAGUCCGCUGGACACGAUGAUAAUGAAGAUCAAGACAUUGAUAGAACACUUUGGGGUGAAUUGGAAUCGGAAUCUGAAGAGGAAUCGGAAGAAGAAGAGUCAGACGAAGGAGAGAAGAUGGGUGAGAGUGACGUGGCCACCGGAGUGGCCACCCCCGGCGAGGGUCUGGUCACCCCGUUGGGCAUCACCUCCGUGCCGCCUGGCCUGGAGACCCCUGACACCAUCGAGCUGAGGAAGAAGAAACUGGAUGCUGAUAUGGAGGGUGGCGAGACUCCAGCUCUUUACCAAGUGUUGCCGGAGAGACGCGUGGGCCUGACUGCGGGGAUGAUGGCGUCCACUCACGUUUAUGAUAUCAAUGCUGCGAAUCCAGGCAAGUCGCGCGCAUCGGGCGAAGCGAGCAGCGGCGCAGCGGCCGGCGCGGUGGAGGUGGCGCUCGACCCGUCCGAGCUGGAGCUGGAGCCCGAGGCGGUGGCGGCGCGCUACGAGCGCCACCUGCGCGACCAGCGCCCCGCGCGACAGGAGGACCUCUCCGACAUGCUGGCGGACCACGUGGCGAGGCAGAAGAACAAGAGGAAGCGACAGCAGAACACCGAUUCAAAACAAGCGAAGAAAUAUAAAGAAUUCAAGUUUUAAAUUUUAUCAUCAAAUUAAAUAUAUUGCAGUUAUACUUCUAUGCAUUCAACAUGAAAAUCCAAUUAUGAAAUUGGUGUAUUCAAGUUUCAUCAUAUAGAAAAUAGGCUUAAUCUUUUUAAUAGGAAAAAUAAAUAAGUGAAAAUGGUAA